AUGGGUGAGCGAGCCUACCACGGAGCCUCAGUGUGCUCUGGCACCAACCCCAGAAAGUGCCAGGACCUAGGAGACUCAAUUCUUUUGAUUCUGGGCAGCUUCAUCUUGUUCAACGUGGGGAUCAAUGUGGUGACUCUGCUCUGGCGGCAUCUGAAGAGCUCCUUGCGGAUUCUUUUCCAUCAUUUUUUCCCCAAAGACAGACAACCCAGCUGUAUAGGCAACCAUCCCAUGUAUAUGAGCUACUCUGUGGAUCCCAAGAACCUAUAUUCAAGAGUCUCCUCCCGCUUCCAUCAUUGCCCAAGCUUCCUGCUCGGGCACUCUAACCACCUUGACUCCUGCAUACCAGAUACGAAUGAUGAGAAAGCUUCCAGGUGCUGCUGGAUGCCGCCUCAGUGUGGACACGCCAGGGCUCCCAUGGAGACCCCAUGGGGACUGUGGAAGGAGAGGAUUAUGGAAGCUGGGGAGCCCCCUCAGGUCACAGCCUCAAAGGCCCAACCUGCCUUUCUCUCGAGGCAAGAGACAUUGUCCCAGUUCCCCAGGAUGAGCAAGUUGGAUAUGGUUCCACUCCGCUUGCCCCAAGGGAACAAGACUAAGACCCCAGACCAAAACCCAUCCUCUACCCCAGCCCAGACACGGACCCACUCCCCAGCCCACCCCUUUGAGCAUACCCCCACCCAGACCCAGAUCCAUUCCAUAGUCCGUACGCCUGCACACACCCCCACCCAGGUCCAUAACCCUAAGCAUACCUCAGCUCACACCCUGGCCCAGGCCCCAGCCCAGGCUCUCUUGCAUGGCUUAGCCCACUCCCUGGGCCACAAGCUUGAGCACAGAACAGUCAGCAACUCUGCUCCAGCCAGCAAUUCUGCUCAUCUAACCUAUACCCAUGCCCACACCUUUGUCCCUCCCCCAACCUCUGCCCCAGACCAUCUUCUAACUUCCACUCCUGCUACCAUUGCCCCAGCCUCUACACCUGCUCCUGUCCCAAUAUCUACUUCAAUCCCUGCCCCAGCAGUGGUCAUGGCCCCAACUACCACUCCAGUUCCUGCUCCUAGCCCUGCCUCCACCCCUAUCCACAGCCUAACUCCUAUUCCUGCUACCCUGACUGCCUUGAGCCAAGACCUCUCCACUGACCAUGUGGUUUAUGAUGCCCACACAGUAAAGCAGAACUUAUUCCAUGGCUGCCCUACCCAGAACCCUGGGUAUUCCAGAAAGAACUUGGGUACCCUCUCCAGGCCUCAAGAUGGGCAGGGCCUGGUAAACUCUGGUAAAGCAGAGCAAACAUCAAAGCAACUUAGGGAGGACACUGCCAAGCCCUCCACAAGACCCAUACUGGGUUAUCUGGAGUUGGGGAAUAUGGAAUGGAAAAUCUCAAAUGAUGCCAAAGACAAGUUCUUACAGCCCAAGACCUUCCCUUACUGCAGCUUCCAUCCUUGCAGUUCUGAGAGGAGAAACACAGACUCCCAGCCUCCAGUCUACCCCAAAUUCCUGGUCUACUCCAAGGAUGCUUCACCUUCUCAACCUUGCUUUCAUUCUCCAACCAGUGCCCAGAACUCAAUGUGCACUGCUCCUUCACCAUGCACUCAUUCUCACCCUCUUGUUUCUCCCAGAUCAUUUGUUCCUCAUCAACCUACCAACCAUCAGGUGAAGCCCCGCACCUCAAUACAAACCCCCACCUUACCCCCAAUCUCCCACUCUCCUCAGUCCAUACCCUCUUCCCGGUUUCCCAUCUCUUCCUGCUUCUCCACCACUUCCAAACUUUCAACCCAACCCCAAUCUCCUGAACUUCAUGAGAGUCUAGGUCUCACCCAAGACUCUGGCCUUUUAAGAACCCCAGGCCCUUCAAAAGACUCUAGAGUUUCCAUGAACCCAGGUCUUGAUCAAGGUCCAGGCCUACACAAGCUGCCAGGCCUUAACCAACACCCUCAUCUCUGCAAGCAUCCAGGGCCUUCCCAAGACUCUAGACUUCCCAAGAAUCCAAUUACCCAAGAUUCUGGCCCUCAAAAGAGCGUAGGUCCUCCUCAAAAUAUAGGUAUCUUUAGGAGUCCAUGUCUUAUCCAACCCUCUGGCCUCCAUAAGAACACACCAUUUUCCCAAACUUCUGACAUUCUGAGGAGCUCAGGCUUUGUGCAAGACUCUGGAGUCUAUAGGAAUCCAAAACAAAACCAAGAGACUGAAUUCUACAAAAGUCAAGAUCUCUCCCAAGCAACUGGCCUCCAUAACAUCCCAGGCCUUUCUCAAGAAUCUGGAGGGUGCAAGAGUACAGGCAAUGCCCAAGAUUCCGGAGUCUCUAGGAGUCUAGGCCUUACCCAAGAUUCUGGCCCACAGAAGAGCCCAUGCCUUGCCCAAAACUCUAAAGUUAACAAGAGCUCAGGCCAGGAAUCUGGUCUCUACAAAAGCCCAGGACUUGCCCAAACCUGUGGCCACCAUAAGAGCUCAGGCCUCACCCAAGACUCAGGAGAAUACAGAAAUCUAGGCCUGACUCAAGAUUCUGACCUCCAUGUGAAUCCAGGCCUUAACCAAGCCAAUGAAGUGGAAAAGAGAUGUGGCCUUACCCAAGAUGCUGGAAUUUACAGGAGCCAAGAACAUACCCAAGAUCCUAACUUCCACAAAUACCCAGGAAUUAAUCAAGAUCCUGGCCCCUAUAAGGGCCUAGCUCUUACUCAAGACUCUGACCUCCCCAGGACUCAAGACCUUACCAAGGAAUCAAGCCUCCACAAGGAUUCAUGCCUUAUCCCAAAUCCUGACCUCCACAAGAACCUAGGCCUUGCUUUAGGUACUAACUCUGCCCAAGUCUUGGGCCCAUCUCAGACCCCAAAGUCCAUACCAUCGUUAAUGAAGUCAUUUGUAUCUGAGGAGGCUUCUCAGGAGGAUGCAGAGCAGCAUCUUCCAUUGACUUCUGAUCCACUCAGUCAGUGCUCCUGCCCUUCCAAGGCCCAGGUGAUCUACAAUGACCUGCAAACCUUCUCAGAGGUACCUGUAUUAAUUGAGCUACAAUCAUCCUCCCAGCAAGUAGGAAGCCAAGACUGGGUGUACUGUCCAGUGGAUACAGUUCCUCCAGCCUGCCAGAACUAUCGCCAGAUGUCUAUGCCUCCCAAAAUCAACUGGACGACUCGCUGUCCUGGGCCAGGCACCCGAGUAGGGCACGUGGUCUUUGAUGCGCGCCAGAGACAGUUUGGAGUGGGCAGAGACAAGUGUGAAGCUCUAUUUCCCAGGCGCCUUCGCCAAGAGGCACCCAGCAGCAACUCAGUGGAGACCACCAGGUGGGGAUAUCAGGGUGCAAUGAGGCCCUCAGAAAAAGAGGGCACAAAGGUGCAUUAG